GUCCAUUGCCCAAACGUGAGCCUAAUAAAAUAAACCAAAUAAAAAAACUUUAUUUUUUCUUUUUUGUUUGAUGAAAUAAAGAUCACCUAAUAAGGGUUUGGUUUUUAUUAAUUUUCUAAUAGUGAAAAAAGAAAAUAUUUCUGUUUGUGUAGGAGGAGGAGGAGAUCAAGAUUCAAGGACAUGAAUCUUCCCUCGUUUAUUGAGCUGCUGUUUCCUUGUUAAUCUUCUCCUUGUUUAGUUUACUCUCCAUCAUUCUCCCUCCCUACCCUGUGGUGGUGGUGGACUUGAUAGUACUGUCUGUCUCAAAGUCUUUGGCCUCUUUGAGGUCUAAAAGACUGAAACAAGACUUUGAAAUUUUGUUUGGUAAAAGUUUCUGAUUAUGGGUUUGCUUCAGUGAAAGGUAAAUAAAGAUUCAAACUUUAAGUCUAAGUUUUCAAAGUAGCUUACUUUGGAAAUUGGAUUCUGACAAGUACCCACCAUUUCUAAAAAUUGUAUUCAAAAGUAGAUUUGACAAUCUGGGUUUUAAUUUACAAGAGGGUUUUUGUGAUGAUGGGUUUUGUUGUUUAAAGGAAUUAAAAGAGUGGUUUUGAAAUCUGGGUUUUUUAUUUUCAUGGGGUUUUAGUGUUUAUGUGUGGGUUGAUGAGGAUGGAAGAAAAUGCAGCAGCUUUACAUACUAUAGUGAAUUCAGUACAAGCUCUAGGUAAAGGAUUUGAUGUCAACUUUGAUACUAGAUUACUCUACUGUAAAGGGGUUGCAGGGUCUAGAACUAUUGAGCUUGAUGAAGAACAUACAAGAGAUCUAUUGGUUUGUGAUGGUAUGGUUGUUAAUAAUGUUUCUAGAGAUAUUAGAUGCUCUCAGGAAAGGAUUCAGCGUGAAAGCUCUGGUGUUUGCAAUUAUUUUGAGAUGGUGGAGUACUUCAAUAAAAAGGCUAAUCUAUCAGGAAACGUGCCCAUUGGACGCUUUAAUUCAGCAUUUAGCUUUACUGGCUCAAAGCAAAUUGAUGCUGCAACUACUAAAAGUCUUGCCGUGGAUGGGUAUUUUGUUCCACUCUGCAAGAUUCAACUCUCAAAUUCUGCUUUUGGGCUGCAAGAAAAUGUCAAGAGGGCCAUCCCGUCAUUCUGGGAUCCCUCAUCCUUAGCAAGCUUCAUUGAGAACUACGGAACUCAUAUUAUUACUUCUAUAACAAUUGGGGGUAAAGAUGUAAUUUACGUCAAGCAACACAGUUCAUCGCCUUUAUCCACCAUGGAGAUAAAGAACUAUGUGCAGGAUAUUGGAGACCAAAGGUUCUCUGAUACAGACAGCCGCACUUCAGGUCCCAUGAAAUUUAAGGAUAAGGUUGUCGAUCCUGCUUUAUUUAACAGUCAAGGAAUAUACCCUCAACCUUCUAAUGCCCCUUACCUUACAGGGAAAGAAGAUGUUACAGUCAUUUUCAGACGGAGGGGAGGGGAUGAUCUAGUCCAGAGCCACUUCCAAUGGGUCAGAACUGUUAGGGCUUCCCCAGAUGUUAUAGAGAUGACCUUCAUCCCCAUUACGUCUCUCCUCGAUGGAUUACGUGGAAAGGACUAUCUAGCUCGUGCAAUCGAUUUAUACCUCGAGUACAAGCCCCCAAUCGAAGAAUUACGAUACUUUUUGGAGUUUCAAAUCCCUCGAGCGUGGGCGCCACCGCAGGACAAGCAUCCUGGUCACCAAAAAAAAGAGCCUGUUUGUCCUUAUCUGCAGUUCAGUAUGAUGGGUCAAAAGCUUUACAUCAGCCAAGAGCAGGUAUCAGUUGGCCGUAAACCAGUAACGGGCUUAAAGUUAAUUCUAGGAGGGGUCAAACAGAACCAGCUCAGUGUUCAGCUUCAACACUUAGUAUCUCUUCCGAAGAUCCUUCAACCAUUUUGGGACACCCAUGUAGCAAUCGGUGCACCUAAAUGGCAGGGACCCGAGGAGCAAGAUAGUCGAUGGUUCGAGCCAGUUAAAUGGAAGAACUUCUCACAUGUUAGCACUGCUCCAAUUGAGAGCAACGAGACCUUUAUAGGUGACCUUUGUGGUGUUUACAUUGUUACAGGCGCUCAACUCGGAGUGUGGGACUUCGGGACGAGGAAUGUUUUGUACAUGAAACUCUUGUUUUCUAGGCUUCCUGGCUGCACCAUAAGAAGAUCAGUUUGGGACCAUACCCCUGUUGGUCAAAAUGAAAAGUCAAAGAAAUCUACGAAUACGAGUAAUAGUUCUAGCAGCUCUGGCAACCCAAGUUCAAGUUCGAAAGAUGUGUCGGGUAAUAAAUUGGUUAAGUUUGUCGACGCAUCAGAGAUGAGCAAAGGGCCACAAGAUUCACCGGGCCAUUGGUUGGUAACAGGUGGAAAACUUGGAGUUGAGAAAGGGAAGAUUGUUUUGAGAGUGAAAUACUCUGUACUAAAUUACUGAGUUCUCAGUUUUUCAAGAUGGUUUCCCAUUUCCAAGAUGUGCAGUAGUAGCAUUAGCCGUCAUAGUGAUACCGUAUUUUUUUUUCGGUUUUAGUGAGAGGACAUGUAUUAUUAUUUUUGUUUCUGGAUAUGGGGCUUUCUUGUGUUCAUCAUGGAUGUAAAAUUUUUGGCAGUUUGAUGAACUCGUGAAUGAAAUGAGGUGAAGACGGGAUGUCUUUCCGUUUGAUGAGUUCUUGCA